AUGAACGUAGAUGAGGGUAUUGAAACUUCAUAUCUACCUAUCUUUAUCACUCUGUUUCUAUCUAUCUAUCUAUCUGUCUGUCUAAAUCUCUUGAUAUCUAUCUAUCUCCCUCUGUUCAUAUCUAUCUAUCUAUCAAAAUGUCUGUCUGUCUGUCUGUCUAAAUCUCUUGAUAUCUAUCUCACUCUGUUCAUAUCUAUCUGUCUAUCUACCUCAAUCUCUUUGUCUGUUCAUAUAUCUAUCUAUCUAUCUAUCUAUCUAUCUAUCUAUCUAUCUAUCUAUCUAUCUAUCCCUUAUAUUCUCAUCUAUUCUCAUCUAUCUAUCUAUCUAUCUAUCUAUCUAUCUAUCUAUCUAUCUAUUUCCAUGUGUUUAGAUGAAAUUUAUUAUUGCCAAAAAAAGUUCAAUCUAUAUUUUAUUAAAUGUAUUUUUAUUUCAUUUUUAUUUCUUUAUUCUUUCUUUUCUAUUUCCUUCAUUUUCAUUUUCUCUCUUUCUCUCUCUCUCUCUCUCUCUCUCUCUCUCUCUCUCUGA